CCGCAGUGAUGGUGGGAGAGUAAGAAAAGGGGGAGAGAGGAGGAGAAUGAGGAAGACAGGGGCAGUGUUCUACGCGGAUACCUACCAUCCGAUCCAAGCCGGCAGCAUCGACGGCACCGACACUCUCCCUCACGACAGCGCCGUCUAUCGAGCCUGGCUUUGCUCCUCCGCCGCCCUCUAUGACCCGUCCGGCGAUCCGAAGCUCAUCGGCGACCCCUACCGCACUCUCUUCGUCGCCCGUCUCUCUCCCCUCACCACCGAAAACACUCUUCGCCAGGCUAUGAGCAAGUAUGGUCGGGUUAAGAACUUGCGUUUGGUCAGGCAUAUCGUAACCGGUGCCUCGCGUGGCUAUGCUUUUGUUGAGUAUGAAACCGAAAGGGAGAUGCGGCGUGGAUACAAGCAAUCUGUUUGUUUGCAGGAAGCUCACCAUUCCCUUGUUGAUGAUUAUGAAAUUAUCGUGGAUUACAACAGACAGCAGUUGAUGCCAGGAUGGAUUCCAAGACGAUUAGGAGGGGGUUUUGGUGGUAAGAAGGAAUCUGGACAACUUCGAUUUGGAGGACGAGAAAGACCAUUUCGAGCUCCCAUUCGUAUCCCAUAUGAUGAUCUGGAGAAACUUGGAAUCCCACCUCCACCAGAAGGGCAAUACAUGUCCCGGUAUCAGGACCCAUCCCCACCUAGAAGAAAAAGAAGCUCAGUAGAUGGGGAAAAAGGUACUCACAGAAGGUCAAUGGAUAGGGAAGCGAACAUACGCAAAAGCAAUCCUGCAGAUAAUGAUGACAGGUUUCAUAAAAGAUCUAUGGAUGAGGACUACCAUUCACCCAGAAGGAGCUCUAAUGAGUCAGCUCAACGCCAUCACAGUAGGAGCUCUAGAGAUAGAGAAGGAGGUACUCACAGAAGGUCUACUGAUAGGGAAGCAAGCAUGCCCAAAAGCAGUCCUCUCGACAAGGAAGAGUCGUUUCGUAAAAGUUCUAUGGACCAGGAAGACCGUACAUUCAAAAGGAGCUCUAUUGAGACCGAAGAAUUCCAUCGCAGUAGGAGAUCUGUGGACACGGAGGAGCGUUCACACAAAAGGAGCUCUAGAGAUAGGGAUGAGCAUUCUCACAAGCGGCACAAGUCCCGUCAUUAUGAGAGGUCCACUAGUUAUGAUCGCUCUUAAAACUCGGAACUGAGAAGGGCAGCAAUGGUAAUGAUAUGUAAAACUGUAAGGAGAGGAGUGAGGAAAUCUGACUAAGUGUUUUUGCUUAAGACCCUGCUGGAACACUAAGAACUAGUGAUUGAGCACAAAAUGCAGGAGGAGCUGUUGGUGGACUUCAGUUGCAUCAGAAUAGAAUUGGGCAACAUUAAGAUUCCUGCUAAGGUAGCCAGCUUAUUGCUGAUCCGUUUUCUUGUAUAGUAUACUUAGCAUGAGGAUUACACAACUGGGGCAGAGCAGAAACAGUUAGUUUUGAACUUCUAUUUUUGCUCCUGAAAGUCGGCAAAGAUUAUUUUAGUUUCAGCAUAAGUUAAGAGUUUGCUCGAACUUUACUUUACUCGGCAUCACAAUAUAGGAUCAGCUCCAUGCAAAUUGCGGAGGUACUCUGAACUAAUACUGUGUUGACUCAACAUUUGAGGAAGUUUUAGAAAAGAGAGUUGGCUACUUGCAUCGUGGAAUCUUUAGAUCACAUCUUCAAAGGGUGCAGCUUCUCCUCGAGAGUGGUCAAAACCUCCACUCGCGGUGAGUUCUUUUCCACCUUCUCCCACCCUCUUUGUGACUGGUUAUUGGUUAAUUUGAAGUCAAAUGUUUCAUGCAUACAAGGUGCCUUGGUACUGCUAUUUUGCUGUGGCUCUUUGGUACAUUUGGAAGUGGAGAUGUAGUAGUAUAUUUGAUCCAGUUCCAGACGGACAGUAGUGCACAUUGUAAGAGAUCGAUCAGGAAAUCAAAGAGUGGAUUUGACAAUCAGAAGUUGAUAUCAAGCAGAAGCAAUGACCUUAGGGAUCAUGGAGCAUCUUUGUUAAACACUAGUAUAGCCAAGUGCUGUAGUUUUUUUUUUUAAAAAGCUCUGAUGGAAAGAGCACGCCGUAUUUCACCAUGGGUUGGUAAAACUUAAUAUGUCAUGCUUCAAGGAAAAUGAUUUAUUUUUC